AUGUCUGACAUUUUCAACACCCCCGCAAGCGAAUUCGCGCAGCAUAUCUCCCACCUCUACCAUGGCCCCUUCGUCACGAUCAAACUCAAGCCCAGCGACGCCGAAUACACGGUAUCCAAGCCGCUCCUCUGCAAAAAAUCCUCGUAUUUCGAAAAAAUGUUCGAAGGCGAGUUCAUCGAGGGACAGACGCAGACUGUGGAGAUGCAAGAGAUCGAAGGCAUCGUCUCGGAACAGAGCUUCGUAGCUCUCCUCCAAUGGCUAUACCACCGCCGUGUUGAGUUCGGUACCGACGACGAGCCCGAUGAGGAGAUCACCGCCGCCAUCGAACUUGCCCGCCUAGCAGACAUGUGCAACGUUAAGGAACUGGAGACUGAGAUGGCGGAAUACAUCAAAAAGGUGCUCAUUAAGAACCCAGAACCUGACGGAUGGAAGGACAUAAAUACCUACCAUCUUACCGAGGAGCACAUUCGUUCUGCGCACUACUUGCCUCCUGGUCAUAGUGUGCGGUAUAUUAUAGCGACGGCGUCGGUUGAGGGAUUUCUCAAAGACGACGGAUACAAGUUUGCUGACAUGGCUCAGGAAUGUCCUACUUUCGGAGCUGAUCUUCUCCUACAGGUGAGACUGGCGCUGAAUAGCGUGGAUUACGAUGACCGUCCGAUGGUUAAGGAUCCUCUGACUGGAAAGGAAUUUCGGAUCAACACAUACACUGGCUGA